UUGAUACUCUCAUUCCUUCCUGGGCGUCUAUCAGGUUGAGCGAGCUGGGUGAGGCUACUUCACGCCUCGGGUGGAAGGUGUGGUUCGGUCGCGACAAAUCCCCGACCAGAUCGGACUACUCGGCGAGUGCCUGCUCUUCUCCUUCUUGUUCCCUGUUCCAUGUCCAGUGUUUCAAGUGUUCUCAGACUAGCCUUGCCAGUCGUAGAAGUGGGAUGCAGCCUCGCAUGGUUUGUAGGCCGGGACCACCCGGAAGCCUCGGGAGUUGUCCAGCGGCCAGCGGCGUCUUGCUGCCUGUUGCCUCGAGGCGUUACAUCGCACUGUCCGUUCGUUGCUUCAUAUGCUUGACAACUGACACUGGUUUGUCUUUAGAGCUUUCAUCUGCACCAAAAGUUAGCGAGACGACCAAAAGCGAAUGCCACAAGUUCUAUCUGCCAAGAGGGUGUUUCUGGGAUAGUCGAGCCCGGCGCAGACGGAAAGGGCAGGGACAGGUACGCCAACGCAAUACACAGCGAGCCAAACACCGCACGGCCUUGAGUCACGGAAAGGGUGGUCGGAAGAAGAUACCUCCAUGUAUGCGAGAGAGACGAUCUGCUGGGCAUGGCAAGCUCAUCCCACAAGCAUCAGCUGGCGCCACCACUCACCCCACCGGCCCACCCCGACUGUGACCCGGCAUUCGUAUGCGCGUCGCAGAAUGUCGCUGUUUGACUGGAUGCCGACCCUGUCCCCACCCCCUUUGCGCAAAACGGGGGUGAUCGAUGUGACGCAGCACACGAGGCACAGCUGCCUGCUUAUUUUAUCAAUCCCCGCCAUACACCAACACACCACAGCUUCUCUUCUUUUUUUUCCUUUCAAACCCCUGUCACACCCCCCGAGAUCCACUCAGAAAGGAUCCCCUUCAACAAACCCUCAACCCCGCGCAAGAGAUAUAACAAUGAAGUCUUACUCCCCAGCUUCCUUCUUUCGCAAACACUCCCAGCCCCCGCCUUCCUCUCCACAGAGCCCAUCUUCGCCAUCUUCUCGAGACCAGAAGUCCAGACCACCCUUCUACAACCUUUCCUCCUCGACAUCAUCUCUCGCCAUGGGUCAAGCGAAUGGUCGUAUGACCGACUCCGAAGCAGCUCUCCAGGCUAGUCCUGUCACUUCCCUCCCUCCCACGCCUAUGCCAGAACACCCCCAGUUCCACCACGCUCCCCACUCUGCCCCUAUCCUCUCCACCAACGCAUUCUCCACCAGGCCGAAAGCUCUUCAUCGGAGUCUAUCCAAGAGCCGACGCGUCACGCCGCCCAAGUCGAAAGACCACGACCAAGCUUUGCCUUCGGUGCCUUCGGUAUCAGAGAUAGGGAGUAACGGAAAGUCAUUGAAGAUGCUGAAAAGGCUGGGCGUGGACGAAGAGUUGAAGGCGUUUGAGGCAUUGGUCCUGCAGGCUGAGGCGAGGGCUGGUAUAGCCCAACCCCAAGCUCGGUCGAUGAGGCGGCACUCCAGGAGCACCACUGUUCCCUCCGUCUUCUCCCACCAUACCCCCGCUGCCUCCCUCUCCACCACCGCUCUCAAAUCGACCCCACCCCAUCUCCGCCCAACACUUCACCGCCGAAACUCUACCUCUUCUUCCGUACACUCUUCCUCGCGCGGUAGCGUCAAGUCUGCUCGUCGGGCCGAACGGGAAUGGCGAGCAAAGGUGGCAGCGCUGUCUUCUGGGCUCGGGCCGGGGAACAGUCCUAGUAAGGAGCGGGCCAAGUCGAGUCCGCUGGCGAGGGGUGGACCGGUACCGCCGAGGAGGACCAACACGCCCGGCAAGAUGGCUGUACCCCGUCCUCUCGGCGCAAGACCAGACACCUCUCCGCCUACUACCGCAGCAGCACUUCCCACGCCUCUCUCUUCGGUCAACCCGUCUCCUUCGUCUAACGACUCCCUCACGCCCUUCCCAUCCGCCGUUCAGAAUAGGUCCGUGGCCAAGUCCAUCCAGGGCCGCAAGUCGUUCGAGACUCUCGGCCACUACCUUCAUGUACCGGAGGGGAGGGAUAGGCAGGCUAGUGUGCCGAAUAGUGUGUCGGUAAAGGAGAACGACGAGCACGCGGAAGAGGGGGAUGGCGAGGGCGAGCGAGAAAGGCAACUCUCCGUAGCCGCCAGCACCCUGCUUGCAUUGGAAGGCGCCGGCCGGAGGAUCGCAGAGGCAAAGGAAGGUGACGAGAAAGAGUUGUAUGUGUUUCAGUUGGAAAAGCCAAAGUCAGAGGUGGAAGAGAAGGAUGCGGAAGGUUCCGUCACUCAACAUGAACCUCUCAAGCGCGCCAUCUCACCGGCGUUGUCAAUUCCUUCCCUUUCUACGUCGUUCUCUGCUUCGCCCUCAGCGUCUGCGGCAACGUCACCAAACCCUACCAUCUCUCCUCUUCCAUCACUCUCUCUUCCCACCGAGACCGACUCUCAUACGGCUGUGAUCGACGAGCCCCAUACGCCUCUUUCCUCCACCGGUCUUUCUCCUGCUUCUCCUUCUUCACCUCCAACUCCUUACUCCCCAGCUACAGCGUACAUUUUGAGCGCCCCUAUGGAGAAUUUGGGGUGGAAUGAGGCCAUGCUGUCGGCGCCGGUGGCUAGUGCGUUGGCAUCGUCAGCCCCGGUGGGGAAGACUUCCUUCUCCGAACUGGGCGACAUCCGAGAAAGCGAGGAGCUCCCGGUCACCCCUGUGACUGCCGGUCAUCCCUACACAUUCGGUAAACAAGACUCUCCCCUCGCUCCUACGCCUCCCCGGAAAGACACCAUCCCGAGACUUUGGGAAAGCGGCACCCCUACGCAGCGAACCUUUCCUUCAAGGUCUGUCCCCGCUCCUACUUCACUGGGUGCAUCUGGGUCAUUCUCGGGAUCGGAAAAGGGGUCGACAGCAGUGGUCUAUCCUCUCAAGAAGCCCGCCGCGUCGACUUCUGCAGCGCCAGCUUCUCGCGCCCUCCAACCCCGCUUCGCCCAACCUACCGUCCCUUCCUCCGCCCCCUCUUCUUCGCGCCUCCCCUCCUCCUCCUCCUCCUCUUGUAGUACCGGCCUUACACCCGCGCAAAAGUUCAAGAUGGAAGCUAUGGGCAGUCGGCACGCGCCACCGCCGGGCGGGAAGGGGAUGAAGAGGGUGGUGGGUGGGAUUGAUUUGACGCCUGGGAUGGGGGUGGAUGGAAAGAGGCCGGGGAAGAGUGGAUUGCCUAGGAGCGAUCUCGAGAGGUGGCUGCAAGGAACCGCCGGGGCUUGUUCGGCAUGAAGACACGCGGAUCAUCUUUCGUGCUUGGGCUUUCGUUCAUGGUCUUGUCUCCUGCUCUUAUUACAGGAGAAUCAGUAUAUUCAUUUCACUGGCAAUGUCUACUAGUAACGAUAUCUCCCACUCUAACGAAGGAACCUCAUAGAAAUUUGUAUAUUCAUAUUGCGCGAAGUUUGGUUUUGAAAACUGUUGUAGAAAUAUACAUAUUGACCCAGUCUCUGUAUAUGCAUACGCCCAUUACCUCGC